CUAGCAAAAAAAAAAUACGGAAUUAAACUUGUAAACAAAACGUGGCAUAAAAUGUGGUCUCUUCAUCUGUGGAUGUUCUCUCGAUUCCAGAAUGCGUAUUGGUUCAGCCUCGGCUGGUGCACCAUCUUCUUCAUCCCCAGCAUCAUCCUGUCUGUGAAGUUGGCCAAAUACUACCGCAGGAUGAAAACCUCCGACGUCUACGACGCCCCGAAUGACCAUCUGGAAAUGACAUCGACUUCCCAGCAAUUCCUCAUCCCUCGAGUAACUACAAAGUCGUGAAGGGGGCAGCGCUGAGACCAU